AUCUGUCAAAUAGUUGAAUAAAAAGUUAUCAUGCGAGGAAUGUAACAUUUAGAAAUGUAUAACUAAUUGUCUAGACUAUACAUAUGAUUUUCCUAAUCUAACUAUUUUAUUUAGCCGUUUGGUUGCCUGGUAACUGACACAAAAACCCAAGCCAGAUAAAAACCCGGAAGGCAGACUAUGUUUUUCUUUAAUUGAAUCAACCCAGGCAGUGAUGAAAUCGAGAUGCUCAAAUAACAUUUACAUGGAAACUAAGAGUAGUCUACAUGUGGGCUAUAACACUUCUCUGCCCAGUUUGUGAGUUGGUGCCGGUGGUACUGUCAACAUGAAAUCCAGUGGUGCUGCUGUGUUCACAAGGAAGAAUCCCUUUCCGCCAGACCCACCUCUGGGAAAAACACAUCUUAACCCCUCACGCACCAAGAAGUUUACAAAGCAACAGAGGAAAACCACCCUGAGCCCUGUUCGCCUUGCCCAGCCGUCCAGCCCUCCUCCUCUCCAGACACACUCACUGAGCCCAGAGGACCAGCGCUUCCUUGGGGCAGCCAAUCACUUUGUCCUCUGUCCUCCUCCUGCCACAGAGGCCCAGCCUAGUUUCUUAGAGUCCUGGCCCUCCACUGAUCUUGGGUCCUCCCCGGCGAACACUGCCGCCUCCCCGAACACAGACACACUGAUACGGGACCCAACAUCGGGAAAGUCCCUGGUCUCCACUGGGGGAGGAGAGCAGGAAGAUUCAGUGUUGGCAAAGUACAUUGAACGCUUUCGUCACGGAAUGCCACAGAGUCGAGAGGAACGUCAGCAGAUGUCGGCAAUGGUGGGAGAGGGCCAGCAGCCUUUCUGGUGGCUGUCCUCCUCCCCUCUACCCUCCAGUUCUACACCCACUCAAACCACUGACAAAGGCCUUUCCCUUAGAAGAGACUCAGCCACCAUCCUCAGUCCAGUUGGGCAGUUUCAGCAUGGCACCACCUUCUCCCCAUGCAGGGGACUCCUUGAUCUUAGUGCCAUGGGCCUGACAGACUCCUCUCACGGUGACCUUGGAGACUCAGAGAUACUGAAGCUACAGGAGAAGGCCAGCAGACUGCUACACAGAAGUGAGUACUCACUCAGUAGUGGAUCUAUCCCCAUCAGCUCUGAGGGCCUGGGCUGCUCCAAUUUUUCCUCCCCUGUGAGCAUAGAUGAGCCAGUCCGAAGGCCUAUAAUUACCAGUCUUAUCGACUCAACCACUGUUAUGGGGAACCUAAGAUCAGCAGACCUCUAUGCUGGCACCGUGCCCAAACCAUCCGUGGUUGGUCCCCCUGCUCCCCGUACACGCCCAGAGGAGGACAUCCUGUUUCAGUGGCGUCUGAGGAGGAAGAUGGAGCAGGCCAGUCAGUGUGUCCAGUCACACCCACAGCAGGGUCACACCCUUCAUCAGCACUCUGUCAGCUGGCAGGCUCACAUGGUACAGCGGAAUCCCCUCCCUGCCUAUUCCUCUCAUAGAGUUACCCCCUCCUUCACCCCAGCCCCCCAGGAGACCAGUGCCCCCUAUGGACCGUUCCCCCCUGCAGCUGCCCCCUCCCUCCCCAUCUCCAGCCCCACCAUCUCCAAGCUGCAGCCGGAUGCCCCGGUCCCACCCCACAUGCACCUCCUCUGUGACAUCCUGCCCUGCACCUCUCAGCCCCGCUCCCCUCCACCCAGCCACCAGAGGAGUCCAAAGAGGAGGGAGGUCUCUGGGGCCGACUGGACCCUCAGGCAGCCCAAAGCCCAGGUCAGUUCCACAGACACCUCCACUGAGGAGCCCUUUAGUAAACACGAGUCCUCUCCACCACCGCCCGCCUUGUCUGAGAUCACAGAGGAAGAGUGGGCAGUUCAACAGAGGACAACCGAGAGGACAAAAAAGGAGACACUACAGAAGAAGGAGGAGAGGAGUGACAAGCGGACAGGGCCGUCCUGCAGAAAGAAGAAAUCAGCCAGCACCAGAGGUCCAGACAGGGUCACCCCAUGGAGGGAGGAACCCAGAAGAGACUGGGGGCAACAGGAAAGAGUGCCGGGGGUAGUGAGAGAGGGCCGCCCUGGAGAUCGUGCUCCACCACCCUCUCCCAUACACAGCGCACUGGGACAGGUAGUUUCAGAGGUACUGUUCCUGACCCCGGACUCCCCAGACCCACCCAGAACCCCUGUGUCCUCUGACUCUCCCAGAUACACCCCCCCUGCGCCCCCACAGUCCCCCGCCCCGCCUCCCAGUGCACAGCAGCCACGGGAGGUCGUAGCUCAGCUGCUGCAGGAGGCUGAAGAUUCAGAUGAGCAGGAGUUCAAAGAUGACCCCUUACUGAAGGUCUUGAGGCAGCAGAAGAAGUGGGUGAAGGAGCAAAUCAGCGAGGUGGACUCACUGUUGGUUGAAUUCCAGGAAGAGUGAUCACUGGUGGCUAGCACACACGGAACAAAAACAACAUUCAAUUCAACAGCAUUUUUUAUUUUCAUUUUUGUACAGAAAUAUAUAGUGCAUUUAUUUUUGUUAACAAAUUCUCUUUUUACAAUAAAUAGUUAGAAAAUAUACAACAACCUUACUGUUGGGUUUUGUGAACAUACUCGAUAAUCUCUGAGUGUUAAAACAUUUACACACGAUUUAGAGGGCAUUAGAAAGUACACAAUACAAAUAAACAUUUUCAAUGGUGUUAUCAUAUUUACAAUGAAUGGUUCCAUAAAACAUUAAGAUUGAUGAGUUCAAUGGGAUUAUUUAGGACGAUGGAUGCUUUUAAAUUAGGAAUCUGUCCUGUUAAUAUGUACAAAUCUCAGAGAGUGCAAUCUUAAUGGUGUGAUGGCGUAGUUAACGGGUGUUUUGGCGCAGGCAGGCACCAGCUCCUUGGUGAGUGUUUGAUUAUAUGUCUGUUGCAGGAGAGCGUGCCUGUAUUUUUGCCACUAUCCUUAUUUGGUUUGUCAGUCAGUUUCCCAAGCUGUGUGUGUGUGUGUGUGUGUGUUGGGUUCCAUUGAGAACUUUUUUAAACGUUUUCUCUCCAUGGUGGGUUCCUAUCAGUGUUUCCCUAGCUGUUCCCUAGCUGUGUGAUCCUUGGCAUGUAAUUAAAGGUGUGUGUGUGUGUGAACAUAUAGUUUUCCAAGCUACCAAUUACUUCACACUGGAAGAAGUUAAGCUACACUCAAGUUACCCUUAAGAAAACAUUUGUUUUCUUUAACUAAAGUUAAUUUGAAAAAAUAGUUCACUACAUAGAAAACUACUUUGUGAUAAAUUAUAAUAUUUAAAUCUGAAUGUCAUAGACUACAAAUUGCAAGAACAGAUCUCUCUGGAGUAAGAUGUUAACAGAAUGUGUAAUUUAGCAUAUUAAACACAAAACUGUUUUAAGUGAGAAUUAGAAAGGGGUAAUGCUGAAAAAUAAAGGAAAAGCCUACUUCACCCAUAUUUUAUUUUCUAUUUGAAAGAAAA